AUUAAUGUGUAAAUAGAAAGUGAUGUAGCAGUGAGAGCUCCUCCAACUAGUAUAUCCCAACCCCAAACAUCUGCAAUUAGAAUCUCAUCCCCUAAUAUUUCCAAAAAAAAUCCAGCAUUUAGAUCCCUUUAAACUUCUCACAAUCAACUAUUGAAUUUUACAACUACAUUCUACUGCCAUUACUGUGAUUUCUACUUGUCUCAAAUCCUCAUUUUGCCCACGCGAUGCAGUUUCAAAUUGAGCUCAGCUUUAAUUUGACCUAAGUAUAGUUUGGAUGCGAGUUAAUUUAGAAUAUGAUUGAGCAGUUCAUCAAUUUUGUUAUUCGUCCCCCGAGGUUGUGCAAAAUGAAUGAGAGAAAGAAGGCACGCUGAGAAACUGCAUACACUUAAGUGGAGGUGUCAUUUGAUGUAAUAAAAAAGGCACAUCAUGCAAUUGGGAAUUUACACAUGCCCGCCUGCCACAACUCACCUCCUUUAUCCAGGGCAGAUUACAAUCCAGAACAGUUUUUAUGGGAGAAAGAGUUUAGUGUUGGGGGAAGAAAGUACAAAAGAGAAGACUUUGAGGCAACUUAAGAAUGAAAGAGGGCAUACCUUGCAAUGCAGUCAUUAUACUCCAUCAUCAUUUCCUGAUGGUGCUCCUCUUCCUUGUGUUAUAUACUGCCAUGGAAACAGUGGCUGUAGGGCUGAUGCGAAUGAGGCAGCUGUAAUACUUCUUUCAUCAAACAUCACUGUUUUAACCCUUGACUUUUCUGGUUCGGGCUUGUCAGAUGGUGAUUACGUUAGUCUUGGUUGGCAUGAGAAAGAUGACCUCAAGGUAGUUGUGUCACAUCUGAGAAGCAACCUGAAAGUAUCACGCAUAGGUCUAUGGGGGCGGUCAAUGGGUGCAGUUACAAGCCUUCUAUAUGGAGCGGAAGAUCCUUCUAUUGCUGGAAUGGUCUUGGAUAGUGCUUUCUCUAACUUAUUUGAUCUAAUGAUGGAGCUUGUAGAUGUCUACAAAAUCAGGCUUCCUAAAUUCACUGUAAAGGUUGCUGUGCAGUAUAUGCGACGCGUCAUUCAGAAGAAGGCCAAGUUUGAUAUCAUGAGCCUUAAUUGCUUACAGGUGGCUCCUAAAACUUAUAUUCCUGCUCUCUUUGGACAUGCUAAGGAUGAUAAGUUCAUUCAACCCCACCACUCUGAUCUCAUUUAUAAGUCAUAUGCGGGUGAUAAAAAUAUUAUCAAGUUUGAUGGUGACCACAAUUCCUCCCGGCCACAAUUUUAUUAUGAUUCUGUGUCCAUAUUCUUCUAUAAUGUCUUACACCCUCCCCGGAUUUCACCAACUUCAACUAAAAUAGAGAAAUAUUACGAUCUAGGCGACAUCAAGGUCGGUGCUGGAAUGGAUGAGAAUCUCUUAUAUGAGAUAAUUGCAAGUCUUAGGAAUGUUACUUCUGAUACAGCAAGCUCUUCCUCUGUGCCGCCUAGCAUUUCAACAGCAAAGUCUGCUGCCGAACUUCUUUCUGACAUUGCCCCAGUCACCAGUCUAAUUAAUCCAUUAACUAAUAAAGGAGAAGAACUCAUUGGUCAUGACACUCCACAAACAGAGGACAAGCAAAGUGGCCAAGAUGAGGACUGUUGCUCUUACACAAGCUCAACCAGAGAGAGUUGGGGAAGGUGCUCAUCUCUGGGAAGUGAUGCCGUGAUUUCUACAGAUUUUGUAGAUGCCAUCGGUGGCAGUCAGAUUACGGCCGAUGUGCCUGCGACCCCUCUUUGUAAUAAGCAGCAUACUGCACUGGACUCAUCAAAGGACGAUGAAAAAAAGAAAGCUCCACAAGUUACAAAAAAAUCUAAGCGUGAGAAGUUUGAAAAGCUGGAGGCCCUUAGCCAGCGAUUACGGCUUUGUUUUAUGAAGAGAGUUAACCAUAGGAGAUACAGCUCCUCCUAACCAUCUUCUGCCAUUGACAAGGAUAGUCGGUAAAGUUCAUUUUACAAUUCUAUUCACAAGCUCUGUUCUAUAAAUGGGGAAGUUGGUAACUCUUUCUUUAGUGGCUGUUGCGUGUAUGUAUGACUAGCAAUUCCAUUUACAAAUUUAUGCGCAAUAGCUUAGAUUUAUGUAAGUAAUUAUAACUCAUUUUUAUAAAGUUCAAUUUGUUGCCCA